AUGGUUCGCACAACUCCCGCAGUGCGGGUCUGGCUCUCAUCUCGAGCUACAUCCGCAAUCAUCACUCCUCGUCGCACCGCCACCCCCUUCGCUCGCGGCUUUCAUGCUUCUCACCGUCGCUUCGAAGCCCCGCGUUCCCCAUUCGCAGUCUUUGUUGAAACCCUCAAAACUGAACUUCGCAAGAACCGAGAACUCCAAGAAAACAUGCGUCAACUCUCCGGAGACGUAGGCAAAAUGCAAGAUUCCGAAACGAUGAAACGUAUGCGUGACGCCUACGAACGCGCACGAAUCAUCACUUCCAUCCAGUCUAACCCCAAGUUGCAAGCGGCUGCUGAAGCACUACGCAAAUCCGGCGGCCAAGUCGGAGAGGCUGUUGGAGCAACACUAAAACAGAUGGAGGAAUCCGAACUCAUCAAAGGUCUAGGUGCCGUCAGUUCCAGAUUGGCCCGACAGUUGCAAGAUAGUACCGCGCCGAUUAGGAAUACAGAAGCAUAUAAACAGUUGAGUGAGACUUUGACGGAAGCCUUCGAUGACGGUGGUAGCGCAUUGAGGAUUGUUGUGCAUGGCGACAAGGAGGUUGAGGAGGUUAGGAGGAUUAAAAGGGAGGCUAGGUUGAGCAAGAUCGGUAGACCUAUGCCGAGUAAGGAUGUGGAUAGUAAGGAGGCGGCAGAGGCUGUGUUGAAGAGCUAUGCUGCGAAAGAGGAGGAAAGCGCUGUUCAAGAGACCAAACCAACCGAAGAGCAAAAGCCCGAAUCCACGUCUCCUUGCCCAGACACCACCGCUUCCACUUGCGAACCCAAGCGGGCACCUAAAAAACCAGCCGGCUACGCAGUCCGCACGCGCUCCGUCCUCUCCAACUCCACCGAACAAUCCCUGGUCCUUCGUCCCGAACCGGCCUACAAACAAGCGUGGUCCUCGUUCAAAUCUUCCAACCCGCUCUUGCGCCACCUCUCCUCGCUUUCCGAAUCCUACCGCGAAUCCGAAAACCCGCUCAUCGAACGAGUGCGCACGGUGACCGACUGGUUUGGUUCUCUCUUCGAAGAAAACGAUUUCGCCCGAGUAACUCGACAACUCAAACUCCUGGACCCAUCAUUCUCUAUCGAAAGUUUCCAACGCGAUCUCCGCGAGUACAUCGUCCCUGAACUGAUCGACUCCUACCAUUCCGCCGCACGCCAUCUCCUCCGACAAUGGUGCGGAGAAGCAACCUUCAAUCUUUUAAUGGCGACCAUAGAUCCAUACCUGACAAAAGGUCUCCUGCCACAGGGAAGGCUGCUCGAUCUAAAACACGUGGAAAUAUUGCAAGCCAAGCUGCUCGAGAACAACGUGCCAGUGUUGGUGGUCAGCUUUACCAGCCAGGAAUUGAUGUUUUUCAAACAUCCCAAGACCGGACAAGUCCAAGCAGGCAAUGAAAAACAACCGGAUCUGUGUAGAUACGCUAUCGUCGUAACGAGGGUAGAGGAGGAAUUGCACAACGAGAUAACAGGUGGCUGGAAGAUCCUCGAGUUGGCUAGGAGAGCAACCCCUUCCUACCUCUAA